AUGGCCAAGCUUGAUUGGCCUGGGGCAUGGCCGGAACUGACCGUGGCUCUUCUUGGACCUCAAACGGUCAGCUCAACCCUUGUUGGUCUCAGUGUUUGGGCACAUCUGGCCGAGUGUGUGGGGGAAGAUUCCAAAGAUCUCACAGCAGCUCGACGUCGUGACAUUUCGCAUGGGCUGACCUUGCAUUUCAAAGAGCCUCCAGAAGCACCAGCAUUUGUCGCCAGCUUGCAGAAGGCCUUGCACGCGUUCGGGGGAGAUCGCAGGGUGGUCCGAGAGGUCAUCCAGCUUUGUCGAGCAUUGCCGCACGCGGUCCCGAUGAAACUGCUGUUGGCAAACCACUUUGACAAGAUUGUGCAGGUGGGUUUGCAAUCUUCUGACCUCAGUGAGUUCGCAUUAACAUCAUUGGCCGAAUGGGUGCAACACUUACACCCCAGUCGUGGGAACAAAGAAGCUGCAAGUGCUGGCCCAGCCACACACGAUAUGUGUCGAUUUACAGAGAUGGUUGCCAGACUGGUGGAGAACUGCAAGUUUGAUGUUGAUGACCCUCAGAGCUAUAGCUCUCAUCAGCAAAUUGGGAGGCUUCUUUCUGACCUUUGUACCUUCAAUGCAGCCAGUCUUUCAGCAAUGCCAUCCAAAGAGCUAUCAGGAAUCUGGGAGGCUCUCAUGCAGCUGCUUCGCUAUCCAGCCGCUGCGGUGCAGCUUGAUGCCUUGACCGGUCUGGUGGCCUUGGCUCGACCAAGUCGUACUGAGGCACAGCCAUGGCCUACGGCAACAGCUGCGACCUGGGUGUCAGGGCCACGGUUGGAAGAACUUAUCGGCGUCCUGCAUGUGCUGACUUUGAAGAACACCACCAGUGCCACGUCCUUUUCCAGUGAGCAUUCUUCAUGGCUACUACGCUGCUUGGGAUCUGUGUCAACGAGACAAAAUCCCGGCAGUUUCAGCGAGUGGUGCCAAUGGAUGGCGGUUUCAGCAAGCUUUGAAAUAUUGGAGACAGACUUUUCCGGUCAGCAGAUGCAAUCCCAAAGACUGGGUAUGCUGAAAGUUCACAGCAAGGAGCUGCUCAGUGAACUCUGCCGACCAAGUCCUUCACAAAGUUCUGGAGGCUUUGGUGCAAUUUGCCGGUUGGCGGGCGGGCUUCUUGCCCGAGCAUUGGCAGGGGAUGCUGAAAACAUGGCAGGAGACAGCGACGCCAGAGGUGGGAUCGAAUGGGUCGCAGAGUGCGACAGCGCGAUGUCUUUGGUGGAAAGUGCAGCACUGGCGGCUUUGAAAUCUGCUGAGAAAGAAGGAUCCAAAGAGAUGCUGGAAGCAGUGUUGCAACCAUUGCAGGUGUUUUUGCAGCAGGUUUAUGUGCAACGUGGUUUCAAUCCAGCAAUGGAGUAUCGGAGGCUCGAGUUCUUGUCAGCUUGUAGCCCCUUUUACAAGCUCUGGAGUGAGGAGGUGCUUCGUGAUGCACUAGCUCGGGUGUUAGCACCCAUCCGGCUCGAGCCAUCCCUUCGUGAUGCACGAGCGAAAGGAAUUAAGCUGGAACAGCGGGCAUUAGACACACUGGUGAGCAUCAGCAAAAGCGGAGUCCUCAAGGCCGCUCACUUAGAAGCUCUGAAUGCAGAAUGUCUUGAUCUCGCAGCCAAGGUGUCUUCCGCAGCGGGACGGAGUAAGCUCACGGAAGCCUUGACACUAGCGGUGGCAUCUUGCUCCGAGCUGGACAGACCCCGAAAAGUUCAACUCAUCGAAGGCAUUUUGGAACAGGUCACCACUGCCUGGCGCUCCUCAGAGUUGGUGCAAUCCGCCUCUGCUCAGGCGCUUCUUGAUGUCGUAGCAUCAGCAGCAAGUUCGUCACCUGCUAUUCUCGGUGUAGAGGAAGACCUUGGCGGACUGGGAAAGCUGAAGGAUAUCAAGACCAUGCUUUCAACCUUUUCUGGUGCUGUCUCGCGCGCAAGCACGGAAGCAUUGGAGCCACACUUGGCAGAUGGCAUCAUCGCAGAUUGGGCACCUGGCAUUUUUCAGCUUUUGCAGGCGCUCUGUCACUUGUACGUUUUUGCAGCUGGCACCUCAGACCACACUGUGCGGAUCUUGGUGUUGACCCCAUGCCGCACAGAGAUUGACGCAAUGACCGGGCGCGCUAUGAGCCCAGAAGAAGAGGAGGACUUGGCCAAGGAGUUUUCGGGUGGAUUGGAUCCCAGAUGGGCUGCUUCCAUCCGUGUCAACCUCUACGAGCUCCGUUCUCAUGUCGCCAAAGCCGCACGGGCCUGCAUGGCAUCCGGACGCUUUUGGGAUGGCGAAGGGUCGGCGAAAGCGUCCGAGUGGUUGCAGAACACGGCCAAGCUCCUACCAGCACUGAGGCCCCACGUGGCCGAGCUACUGCUCAAGGAGAUCUUUCAGCCGCUGGUGCGAGUCCCUCCGAUGCUGAACGAUCCUCGAAUCGCCAGUGUCAGCAAGACCUUCAUCCCAACCUUGUGCGUGGCCAUCUCGGCCUUGCUGAAGGAAUUCUGGGGCUUGGAGCACUCAGUGCGAAAAACGACCACUCGAGCAGUGCCCGAUGCAGUACCCGAUCCCCUUCCGCGCUUCAGCAAACUCGAGCCAUCUCAUGCGGCAUCUGUAAUCUCAUUUACUCGAACCUCAUGCUACUUGAUGAGCGCCUUUGUUGGGACGGACUUGCCGCUGUCGAGCCAACUAGAGGAUCCAGCACAGAAGUUCUUACAAAAGCGACCUGCACCAGUAGCUGCCACACCUUCACGGAAAAGACAAAAGAACCGAAACAAGAAUCGGUUCUCCGCUUUGGAGGAAGAUGUUGGAGAAGAGAAGAACGAACAAAAUGCCAUGCAAACAGAGCCUGCCACGGUGGCCAGACGGCCAGCGCUGGUUUCGGUCAUACUGCGGGAUCAACAGCUUCGUGAAGGUCUUCGAUGCUUUCUGGCAGAUCUUCUGCUGAUCCCUGAUCCGGACACAGUCACACGGGCCUUGGUUGGCCUUUCAACAUUUUCAGCACAGCUCUGGAAUAUGAUCGUUCACGGCGAGGACUUGUCCACACUUUCACUUGGACGCGAAAGCACUCGCACUCCUGAAGUUGGCGAGAUUUUGCACACUGCCAGUGAUGUGUUACGAGCUGUGCCUCAAGGGGUCCUGGCUCCAGUGUCUCGUUUGGUGGCGAGACCCGUCUCGGAGCAGAUCUCCCAGAAGUUGACCGAAAGUCUGUUGGAAGGCAUCAUCCGCCAUCCUUGGAACAGUUUUGCAGCUGCAACCUGGAUAGAUGCGAAAAGAUGUCCAUCUACACUGGUUUGUGAGUGCACAUUUCCAACCUUCACCUCGUUGAUGGUCUUGGUGCGGCUCUUUAAGCUCCAGUGCCGAAAGCUGGAGUUGUCUGCAGAAGCUGCACAGUUGUACCUUUGCCCUUCCUUGGUUGAAGCCCUCCGCAUCAUCGCGGAGUUGCCCAACACCAGCCAGGAUGAUGUAGACAUGCUUUUGACCACAAUGCUCGAUGAAGGGAAGGGUACAACAAAAGAUCUGCAGCGCGGGACUCUCCGGGCCCUUCUGUUUGAAGCCUCGCCAGCUUUUGCUGAAGACCAUGAGGACCAGGAGCGCCUGAAAGCAACGCGGAAAUGGCUUGUGUCGCAAACUACAUGCAUUGCUCCAAUCCAUAGAGGUAAUGCAGUUGAUGCAUGGUGA